AUGGCGAAUGUAGGAGAUGAAUCAAUUUUGAAGUUGGAAGGUGGUUCCCGUGCACCAACCAAUAAUCUGGUACCGAGUCCCAUUGUUAUUCAAAACGAUGCGUCUGCCGUACCAAAUACCGUGAAGUUGAAUGGAUCAAAUUAUCCUCUUUGGUCCAAGGCAUUGGAGAUGCAUAUUGCUGGACGUGGUAGAAAGGGAUUCGUGACAGGGAGUAUCAAGGAACCUGCUGAGGAUAGUGCUGAGUAUGAGACGUGGGAAACAGGGAAUGCAAUAAUAAAAUGGUGGUUGAUCAAUUCCAUGGAACCUGCUAAAGAAGUGUGGGAAGAGGUGGCUCGGACUUAUUAUGAUGGUUCGGAUAUCUCUCAAAUUUAUGAAUUGAAGGUUAAGUCGUUCAGGCUUCGUCAAGAGGGACGGCCAGUGGGUGUGUAUUACGCUGACCUUAAGUUCGUUUGGCAGGAGCUAGAUCAAUGA